UCCGUCUGCUGAGCUGUACAGCCCAACCGCAGGGUGGCUGGCUGUCUGGAUUCAGGCCUGUCUUGGGGCUCAGGCUCCUGCCAACACAGACACGCUGCGGGAAGCUUCUACAGGCCCCUGGCCCCAGGCUUUGGGCCCCCAGGAUGUUUCUCUUCCAGGAACCAUGUUUUCUCAGUUCCUUACAGGACCCCAGGGUGGCCUCUCCCCAUGGGAGGAGGAGAAGGAAGCUCCAGGGCAGACGUGGGCCUGGCUGGGGUCAGAGGCUGCCCUUGGGAGCUGUAGACGCUCAAGUCCUGAGUCUGCAGAGCAGGGAGGCCUCAGGGGAGGCCGGAGCUCUGGCAGUGGCCGGUCCUGCUCCUUCUGGCCGUGGGCUGACUCGGGCCUGGCUGCUGCGGGCGUUUGCUGGCUGGACUCACGAGUGAGACCCAGGGACGUGGGUCAGCUGUGGCUCGGCCACUGGCAUCCCGCCGAGAACUGCAGGCCGGGCUGCUUCUCUUGGGGACCCUGUGUCCACGCUAGGUGGCCGUGCCUUCGCCUGGGCAGAGCAGUGGGUGGCCCUGGGGGCGCUAUCUCCUAUCUUCUUGGGGGCAAAACUACUUUGUGUUUGGGUCUGACCCCAUUAGAGCCGCUGCCUCAGUCUCCCAACCUUCCCUCAGAGCUGAGGUUGUCUGCCCCUCCCUCCGGCUCCCCAGAGACACUGGGCUGAUGUUGGCUCCUGGGUCCCUCAGGUUUCUGUGUGGAGGUGUUGGCCAGCCUGGUGCUCCACGCUGAGACGGGCCAGGGCCUGGUUCCCGCCGCGAGUCACCCCAGUCCCCAGGGCCCCUCCCCAUGCGCCUUCUCUCCACCCUUGUGUAGGACCCCCCGGUGGGCCCGGUGAGUCCAGCACGGACCCUCAGCACAGCAGAGGGCAGGACAGUGGGGGCACCAAGGCACCUCACCCUGGGCCUGGCAGGCCAUCUCUCUGGCUCCAGGGCUGCCCCAGCCCUCUUGCCUGUCAAGGCUCUGCGGUAUCACCUGUGGGGCACUGCCAGGCCGGCUGUGGCCUCCCUUCCUGGACUCAGGCCACUGUGGGCACAGCCCAGCCUCACUGAGGGGCUAGGCCCUAUGGACGAACCCCAGGUCACAGCAGUGCCACACCUGUGCCCCGGGUCCAGUUGAUGUCACCCCUCUGGGGACAGGUCGCUGGGGUCCUUCCCCAAGAGCGUGGCCUGUGCCUGGAGGCAGCACAGCCGGGACAUGAGCGCAGACCUCGACUGUCACCAGACCAGCUCGGUUCCUGUCUCCCUCGGCUCACUGUCCUGUCCCUCAGAUGGGAAUGGCGAUGAUGUGUGCUCAGGGCCCUUAAAAGUUUUGGGAGCCGAAGCCCAGCAGCCUGGGGGACCGGCUCUGCAGCCUGCAGCCUGGGAGCGAGCCCUCCCGAGGCUGUUUACCCACCAGGCGGUCGUGGGUGUGGCCUGGACAGGGCGCAGCUCCGGGAAGGAAGUGUGGCUGCCGGCCGUGCCAGGGUCAUGGGGCCUGCCGUGCAGCAGCAGUGCCAUCCCAUGGGGUGGCAGCUGCCUUCUGGAAGGAGCCCAUGGAGGCCGGACCCCCCUGGGCUGAGGGGGCAUGCACACCCGGGCAGGGCCUGUCUGCUUUCCCGCCCUGGGUGCUAUGUGAAGCCGAGGCUGCUCCCCCUUUUGGGCUGCCGGGGCAGGGAGGGCUCCGCCACCAGACCCAGCCUGUGUCUGGUGGGUGCAGGCCGGCCCACCCAGGGGCCCACAGUUCAGGGUUCUGUCUCAGAUCAGGGCUGGGGUCUCUGGCCAAUGGCCGUGUGUCCGUCCUAAACAUGCAGAGACCGCUGAGAUGCAUGCGCCACAAAUGGGGCAGAAGCCUCCCUGGUCCACAGCUGCAGGGACUUCAGGGAUAGGGUGAGGCCCCCCCGCUCCCCCAGCCUGCAUUGGCCGAGGAGACUGCAGAGCCCCUCCUGGGCCAGCUGGCCAAGGAAGGUCUCAGUCUGCACAGCGUCCUGCAGAGGGGGCUCCUGCAGGGCAGACCAGUUGGGGCUGGGGGGAUGAUGGGGAAGGGGCUGCCCAAGGGUCCCGCUCUUGGGGUCUCUGGGCCCCAGCUGGCAGGAGGGGCUUUGCACCAGCACAGCAGGCUGGCAUGGGGGCACAGGCCAGGUGUUGGGGCGGGUGGGAGGAGAGCCCAAGGCGAGAGUGUGGGCUGGGGCCGAGUGGGGUGAUAGCACAGCGGCCUGGGAGGGUCAGACACUGGGGAUGCAGAUGGAAGGGGGUGUCAGACUGAACCCCCGGUUCAUGGCUGGGUAGCUCAAAAGGUGGGCAGGAAAUGGGCUUUGAGGUGGGGCCUUGGGAACAACCUUCCAGGCCCCAGAUGUGUGGAUCCUUCCUGGUCUGUGCAGCCCAGUGUCUGUGGACCCCCAUCAUUUGUGGACCUCCCGGGUCUGUGGACCCCCUAUUAUGUGUAGCCCCCCAUGGUCUGUUGUCCCUGCUGAUCUAUGGACCCCCCAUGAUAUGUGGACCCCUGGUCUGUGAGCCCCCCAUGAAGUGUUGACCCUCCUGGUCUGUGGACCACUUGGUCUGUGAGCCCUUCUGCGGGAUUUCCUCUCCGAGGUCCUGGUCCCUUCGCCAUGGCCCUUGCCUGGGCCCACAGGGUGGCAGUUGAGGUGCCCGGUCCUCACCCUUAGCUGGGGAGCUGCUCCAUGGGAGCCUGUCUGCCUGGGUGUCUUUCUGCAUCCAGAUGCUCCCACUGAGGAUAUCUGCCCUCAAGGGACCCCUUGCGGGGGCUGUUUGCACAACCACUGUCCUAGAUGUCACCCUGUGGCUGGGCACCCCUGCUGCCUGGGGCUGAGGGCCUCCUGGCUUCCCUUUUUCCUUGAAACACCCUUUCAUGUGGGGCCCCUUUGUGUGGUGGGCUUCUGGCACCCCCCAAUGGCAAGGGGCAGUGAGCUGGCCCGAAGCUCAAGGUGCGUGUGAGUGAGUAAGUGCGUGAGUGCGUGUGCACGUGCCUGGGUGUGAGUACACGGGUUUGGUUCUCAGAAGCCUCAGCCUGCUGCAUGCCCACAAGGUACUUAUUGAAGGGGUGAGCCACAUGCUGAUUGCGGUGUGGGGUCCAGGCCCCCUCUGAUGCCUGGGGACUCGGGUGAGGUUUGGUGACAUACCGGCCUGUUACACCCCCAAGUGGGUCGGGGGCAGCUUUGGGCAGGGGCUUAUCUCCCACACCUGGACUCUGGCAGACUUUUUCCGUAAAGGGCUUGACAGUAACUAUUUUGGGCCUGGCAGCCUUGCGGCGUCUGUCACCGCUCCUCAGAAAGGCCGUGGGGGCGGAGAGUAGCGGGCGCCCACAAAUGAGCAGGCGUGGUCGCCUGCCAGUGAGGCCUGACUUACAGACACUCUGCUGGCUGACUUAGCCUGAGGGCUGUGGGGCCCUGGGGUCCAUGCUCCUUGUCCCUGUGCCCAGGGCCCGGCCUGGGGCUGGUGAGAGGGGAGCCGACACCUGAAGGUCGUUUUCCCAUUUGAGGGCGUGACCCUGGCGCUGCGUUCCCACUAGCGUGGAAGUCCUGCAGUGCCUGCAUCCCGGGUGUUGCAGGUGCAGUAAGAUGCAAGGGCAGAGGGCCCCCCCGGCACCCAGCUCACAGCCAGCACCGGUGGAGAUGCCUCUGAUGGUUGUCGCUGCCCCUGUUGCUCAGCUGGAACAUGGGGACCGCAGUGGGUGCCAGUCCGGUGGGGUGGCCUGGACCUCCCAGGGAGCAGGGUCAUGAAGGCUCACAUGCCCAGCGGAGGUUGGGGAGGGGGUAGAGUGGGGCUCACUGUGGCUGCCCCCCCACUCAGGGCAGAAUCCCACCUUGGAGGGAGCCAGGUCCCCCACUGCUGGCCUGUGGCUGGAUCUCCCUCCCUCUCUCUCUGUACCCCUCCCUCUACCCCCUUCUCCCUCCGUCGCAGUUACAGGUGACAGGUUAUAGGUCAGCCGUCUGAGCCAGUGCAUCCUCCGUGGCCACACAGAGGGCAGGUGGCCAUGGCUCUGUGUUUGCUGGACUUUGGGCACUGAAGGGAAGAAUGUGAGCCCCUCCCCACCCCACAGCCCGCCCUUGAAGACCUUAGAUCCAGGGGAGCCGGCCUCAGCUUCCCUAGAUUCUUCUGGAGAACAGACAGCGGAGAAAGCGUUUGGAAACUGGAAACGCGGAAAAGCUUGUUUAUCUUUCCUCCUCUGAUUAAACUGGAAAGGCAGGUCCGGCCUCUUCGGCCUGCCCCCGUGGGCUCCACUGCCCCAGGCUGAGGACCCACCUGUCAACGGCUGCCAAGGCCCGGCCCCCACGGAGGGGGACACAGAGGCGAUGCAGCUGGGGACGGGCCCCCCGCCGCCUCCCUGUGGGGACCCUCAACCUGAGACCACCGGCCCUGAGCCGCCCCCGCCGCUCGUGCCACCACUGCCCGUCGGGAGCCUGCCACCCUUCCCGCCCUACUUCGAGGGUGCCCCAUUCCCUCCCCCGCUCUGGCUGAGAAACACCUACCGGCAGUGGGUGCCGCAGCCGCCACCGCGGACCAUCAAGAGGACGCGGAGGCGCCUGUCCCGAAACCGCGAUCCGGGCCGGCUGGCCCUGAGCCCCAUCCGCCUGCGGCCACGCCAGGUGCUCUGCGAGAAGUGCAAGAGUACCCUGAGCCCCCCGGAGGCCAGCCCUGGCCCCCCAGCCACCCCCAAGGCACGCAGGGGGCUGGGCAGCGGCCCCGGCCCCGACAGGGAGCCCCAAAAGCCUGAGGAUCCCGCCGGUGGAGGCGACACAGUGUCUGCAGCCACCGCAAGGAGGAGCAAGAGGGAGAGGCGGGAGGUGGACAAGGCCCGGGUCCCGCGGAGCCCGGUUAUCAAGAUCUCCUACAGCACGCCGCAGGGCAAGGGCGAGGUGGUGGAGAUCCCCUCCCGUGUGCAUGGUUCCCUCGAGCCCUUCUGCCCCCCACAGGCCCCGCACGGUGGAGGCCAGGAUCCCGAGCCGCCACGAGACAGGCCGCCCGGUGGGCCCUCUGCCUCCAUCCCCAAACUGAAGCUGACGCGGCCUGGGCCUCCCGGUGCCGACCUGCCGCCCCCCAAGAUCCGCCUGAAGCCCCACCGGCUGGGGGCUGGUGAGCAGGAGCCAGUCUACAGGGCUGAGCUAGUGGAGGAGCUCAAUGGCCACGGGCGAGGCCCCCGGGCCAGCUCGCCUGCUCUCCUGGCUGCCGGCCCUGCCCCUGGUGGGCUGGUGGACUUGUCUUCUGGAAGUUCCGGCGAGGACGAUGACUUCAAGAGGGGCCCCCAGGGUAAACACGGGCCCACCAGCCUGGCUUUUCUCGCCACCUGCCCUAAAAGAACAGACUGUGCCAGCGAGUCAGUGUGGAGCAGUGACAGCCUGGAUGAGUCCAAAUCGUCCAGCUCAGAGGUCCCGUCACCAGACACGUGUGACCUUUCAUCGGGUGAUGGUGUGUCUGUGCCGUCCUCGUCCAAGGAUGCGCGGCAGACGGUCCCACCCCUGACGGUCCGGCUGCACACUCAGAGCGUCUCCGCAUGCGUCACUGAGGACGGAAGGACCGUGGCCGUAGGGGACAUCGUGUGGGGUAAGAUUCAUGGUUUUCCUUGGUGGCCAGCGCGUGUCCUUGACAUCAAUCUUAGCCAGAAGGAGGACGGGGAGCCCUCUUGGCAAGAAGCAAAAGUCUCAUGGUUUGGUUCUCCAACUACAUCAUUCUUGUCUAUUUCAAAACUCUCCCCUUUCUCUGAAUUUUUCAAACUGAGAUUUAACCGUAAGAAGAAGGGGAUGUAUCGGAAAGCUAUAACAGAGGCUGCAAAUGCCGCGAGACUCGUGGCCCCGGAAAUAAGGGAGCUCUUAACCCAGUUUGAAACGUAACUCAGGUUCCCAACCAGGUCACCAACAAUGAGGGCACAGCUGUUCUCCUGGAGCUUCCGACUUCGGGGUGUCCUCUGUGUCCCCCAUUCCGUCCGAUGGGCCCUGCGUGACUAUGGUGGUCAGCCAGGUUCGAGGUCCCCCCAGAGAGGAGCAGGUGUGUCCAGCCACGAGGACAGAACCUCCAGGAGCACAGCGGUUCCUCUCGUCUGAGUGUAUUUAUUCUGUGACUCAGAGUCUAGCUUUCCUGGUUUGUGAAGUACCAGGAGCCCAGGACACGUGUGCUGCUGCCACCAUGCGUGUUGGGGGCACAGUGUCCAGCCUGGGGCCGGUGCGUCGUGGAGGAGCAGGGCCCACCGUCUGGUGUCCUGGCAAGGGCCGGGGCUCGGUGUGAGCUCAGGGCCUCCCUGCAGGUUUCAGAGAAACCAAAUUGCACAAGUGGGGCUCUUCCUUCCAAGCCCUGGGGCGGGGGUCUCUGUGCACUUGAGAUCGGGGAACCCCCCACGUUCGUCCCAGAGCUUAGGUCCCCCCAGGCGCCCAGCACCCAGCCUCAAGGCCACCUGUCCCCGAGCUGCUAGGAGUUACCUGUACCGUAUGGAGGCGAUGAGGGGCUGGCACUUUGAAAACAGACUUAAACAUUAAAGGAAAAGACCCUUGCUCUGUUGUUUGUAAGACUGCGUUCCUUUUCCCUUUUUGUUGCUUUAAGACCAAAAAGAAAAAACAAAGAAGAAAUUGAGUCUGCUCUUUCUUUGUUUAAACGUGAGAGACAAUAAAGAGCAUCUGUGUUGGAGCCUCA